AUGAUCAUCGACUUCGGCCUCUCCGAGCAGCUCCGCGCGGACGGGGAGGGGGAGAGGGGGGGCCUGCACCUCUUCGCCCCCGCCGGGACCCCGGGCUACGCCUCGCUGGAGAACCUCGCGGCGGUCGUCUCCGGCCGGCCCUCCUUCCAGGCCACGGCGGCGACGAUGCACAAGGGGGAUUUCUUCAGCCUCGGGGUGAUGGCCUACACCAUGCUCACCCUCCACCACCCCCUGCGCUCCCGGGGCUUCGCCAAGCAGUACCUCGAGCUCCAGCUCGGGAUCCGCUGCGAGGGGCCCGGGUGGGAGGGGAUCUCGCGCGAGGCCGCGGACCUCGUCUCGCGGCUCCUGCAGAAGGACCCCGACGCCCGCCCCGACUACGCCGCCCUCUGCGCGCACCCUUUUAUUCGCCAGAACGCCAGUAAAAUGGCGGAAAUCAUCCGAUAUCGCCAGGAGGCGGACCGGCGGGACGACGCCGAGGAGCGCGAGCACUGGGUGCGGAUGGAGCCCCCCCCCGAAGAGCCCGCCAAGCCCGGCGAGCGCUUCCCCCAGCCUAAACGCCACAUCAGGGGACUCCUCAGCCUAGGGAAGCCAGGCCACGUGUUUUCAGACCGCAUUAAUGGCUGGAGCGAUUCAUCACUCCUUUAG